AUGACAAUAAAGCAAACGCUAUGUCUUUAUGGUUUUACAAUUGCUAUCACAUUUCCAGUGUUCUUUUUUGCUCGUGAAAGUUACAGUAAUUCAGGACGCUCUAGACCAGGCUAUAACUAUGCCAAGUUGUGGUACGAUCAAGUACCUGUACCGAAUUUGCUUAUUGGAGAUGAGGUAGGGGCUCUUUACAGUUUUCCUUUCUUUUUUUUUCAUUAUUAUCACUCCCCCCCCUUCGGCUUUAAAAACUUUUGUUCUCCUCUUCCUUUUCCCCCACCUUAUACGAACCACCCGUCCAGUACUGCGUACAACAAAAUAUUAAUAAUAUAUUUCCAGCACUACUUAUACCAACAAAUAAACUGCAACUAUACGGGAUCUAUUAUGCUGAGUUCCUAUUUUAUUUUUGCUAUUUUGGCUGUGAAAACUGUCAGAGUACUAAAGUUAAACGGCAAUAAUCUAGCAGAAAAAACCAAAGCGCUACAACGACAGUUGACAUAUUAUCUGUUAUUACAGGUAACACGAUUUUACUUUAAAAGAUUAACUUUUUUAAAAACCGUAAAGUCCUGUCGUAUUUUUACAUUGUGUUGCAGGUUAAAAAACGACAAAACUUUUUUUGUCAGUAAAAUACGUCAAAACCUCAAAAAUAAUUAGAAAGUCAAAUCAAAAUGUUCAAAUUGUUACCUAAAAUUCAAAAAAAGUCAUGGUUUAUAUUAUAUAUACAGUUUCAAUUUCAGGCCUUCCUACCAUGUGUAAUAGUAAUAUGCCCUGUAAUCUUCGUUGUAGUAAAACUAUUUUUACAUGAAAAUACUGAAAGUGCCACUAUAUUAACCAGCGUUUUCAUUGCUUGGAUUCCAGUUUGCAAUCCACUAAUGACAAUUUGUGUGAUGACACCGUAUCGAAAUGGCAUUUUGGCAUUGUUCAGCAAGAAAAAAGUUGCAGUUUACAGUACUUCUUAUGUUACCAGUAAUGCUUAA